AUGGCCCUGCCUGCAGGGCCUUCCACUUCUGAGGAAUCUGACCGGUGGGUGCAGAGGUACAUGGCUAAACUGCAGAAUGCAGGACAGGGCCCCCUCUUGCAGAAGAACUUGAACACCAUGUUCAAGCUGACCACAGAUUAUUCAGGCAUUGGGACAGCAGAGGAAGCACUCAGGGCAAUUUUGCAGAACCAGACCAACAACCCCUUGCCUAUGUCAGUGGAGCAUUCCUGUGAUGCGGAACAAACGUGCAGAUUCAUUUUGAUGCAGCACGGAGAAGAGAGCCGGCCACAGUGUUUGUUUGGAGACAUUCAGGACCGAAUUCCGCAGCAUGCUCAUGAUAUUCUCGAAAGGAAGCGGACGGAGGCUCUGCGAGUUCUGGAGGCAACAGGUCAUGAUGUCGGCAAGAAGCGCAAAAGCAGCCCUCAGAAAGGCCUUGCAGAGAAGUGCCGGCAGCUGGGACGGGAUUUCAUUGCUGAUGCCGUGCAGUUGCUGCAGCAAAGCCUUCCAAGCAAGAAGCGUCACCUCCGCAGCCACUGCUACGUGCAUGGCCGCCCUUGCUGUGUAAGAGUGCAUCCCCAUGCGGAUCCAUCAGGGGAGACAGGGUCCAGAAGCACCACUCUCAGUGUGGCAGGUUUCUGCUGCCAAGAUUGGUCAUCCAUGGGAAAUCAAUUGGGCUGGCUCGGUGAUACCGGUAUCAUUUGGGCUCAAUGGUGCAGUGAAAUUUUGGGCAGACAAGACGACUUUAUAGUCUGUGAGUGCACCUGCAAUUUCGAUGUGCGGCAGUUGGGCAUGCUUGUUUCGGCAGUGUAUGAGUUGCACGCACUGGAGGUGUGUCCUCAGACAUUGGGCGAACCGGUGUCAAGGCGGCGUGUCUACAUGCUGCUGAUUCACAGGAAUCGCUGGCAGUUUUGCGAGCAUGUGAAGCAGUCCUCGGUGCAAGAGGUGUUCGAUGAAGUGUUUGAGAGCAACGUGGUCAUGCCGGUCCUGGAGAAAUUUCGUGCUCCUCAGUCAGAUGUUGAAAGUCACAUUCAGGCUCUGUUGAAAAGGCAGCACAAGCCUGAAACCACCCGAACCGGAAGGCGCUGGAGCUAUCUGCAGGCUAGCACUGAAGCAACACGGCUGAACGUGCAGGAGCAGAGGAAGUGGCUUGAAGACAAUGCGAUACCUCCGUUCACAAACUAUGUGGCAAACCUGACACAGAGUGUCGACUACAUCCAGCCAAGGCAGUGCAUCCCAGCAUUGCUGACUCGCAGUCAGCUAUAUCUGUUUGGCAUCGAGCGAGCAGCCUUGGCAAGUGAACAUUUUGAAGUGCAGGGCUGGAAUCUCUAUGGCAAGGCAGAGCUGGGCCCCUGUGCAAAGCUGAGGAGUGCCUUCAAAAACCUGCCUCAAAGGCAUCAGAGGAGUAUGAGUGGGAACAGUAUGCACCUGCAUGUGUUGGGUGCAGUGCUUUUGUUUUUGCUGAGUCACGUACGCGAAGUGUGUGAUCGGACUGACAGCCAGGUGGAGAUUUGA